GGAUCUGUUUGGAUUUGAAUUGAAUGGAGUGGGCUUGCAUUUCGGCUCCCAACUCCCCUCUCUCUCUCUCUCUCUCUCUCUUUAGAAAUGGCAAUGGAGGAGAAGGAGAAGAGACUCCGUCUGUUUCUCUCUCUUCGCCGGUCGUCUCCUCCGAUUUCUCAGCUCUCCCCCAUCUCCACACCCUUGUUUCUUCAUUUAUAUUUCUCUCUCUCCCUGUCCUCCCAUCAUUUUGUCCAGAGGCAUUUAAUAGCUGCUUUGGAACUGAGCCGGCUGGCAUCGUGAUAUCAGUGCUCGAUUUUUCUGCUCUUCUGAUCUGUUUUCUGAUUCAUUUUGCUUGUAAAUAACUAUCACCUAAUCGACAUCAUGUCUGGACCUCUACUUGCCAAAUCAGCUCUUGAAAUUGAGAACUCUGAGGACGAGAGGAAGACUAGAAUUGGUUCUUUGAAGAAAGCAGCUAUAAGUGCCUCCAUGAAGUUCAGAGAUUCCUUGACGAGAAAGGGCAGAAGAAGUAGUAGCAGAGUCAUGUCUGUUGAAAUCGAGGAUGUGCAUGAUGCCGAGGAGAUGCAGGCUGUGGAUGCAUUCCGUCAAGCACUUGUAUUGGAGGAAUUACUACCCUCAAGGCACGAUGAUUAUCAUAUGAUGCUCAGAUUCUUGAAGGCCAGGAAAUUUGAUAUUGAGAAAGCAAAGCAAAUGUGGGCCGAUAUGCUUCAGUGGAGGAAGGAAUUUGGUGCUGACACAAUCACAGAGGAUUUUGAUUUCAAGGAAAUCAAUGAAGUCAUGGAACAUUAUCCCCAAGGACAUCACGGAGUUGACAAGGAUGGUCGACCCGUCUACAUUGAGAGGCUGGGCAAAGUUGAUGCUACCAAGCUGUUGCAAGCAACAACCAUGGACCGCUAUGUAAAAUACCAUGUGCAGGAGUUUGAGAGGACCUUUAAUGUCAAGUUCGCAGCUUGCUCAAUUGCAGGAAAGAAGCACAUUGAUCAAAGUACAACCAUCCUGGAUGUGCAAGGAGUGGGACUUAAAAACUUUAACAAAUCUGCAAGGGAGCUUAUACAGCGCUUUCAAAAGAUUGAUGGUGACAAUUAUCCCGAGACUCUGAAUCGCAUGUUCAUCAUCAAUGCGGGUUCUGGAUUCAGAUUGUUGUGGAACACUGUUAAGACUUUCCUUGACCCUAAGACCACAGAGAAGAUCCAUGUUCUUGGUAACAAGUACCAGAGCAAGUUGCUUGAAAUAAUUGAGGCUAGCGAAUUGCCAGAAUUUAUGGGAGGUACCUGUACUUGUGCUGAUCAAGGAGGAUGUAUGCGUUCUGAUAAGGGACCAUGGAAGGAUGCUGAAAUAAUGAAGAGGGUGCACAAUGGUGAAGCUAAGUGCACAAAGAGAUCCAAUUGUCAAGGUACUAGUGAAAAGACAAUUUCUGAGGAUGAGAUGGUAUGCAUAAAGGGAUGUGACUCUUCCAGUGUGGAGGGAGCUCCAGUUGCAGAUGGGGUGCCUUCUCUCUCUUCAAACCGUCCAGUUGCUCCUGUUCGUAAAGAUGUUUAUUCGACCAAAAUUAACCAGAAGCCAUUUGAUUAUCAAGGCUUUGCGCCAAUGGUUGAUAAGACAAUGAAUUGGCAAAAAGUGGUCGAACAUGAGAGAUUUGCCCUCGCAAAAGGGGCAGAUUGUUACACCAUGCGUGAUGCUUCCAAGAAUCCCGACGGGUUCAGCAACCAGAUCUUCACAGGUGUCAUGGCCGUUGUCAUGGGCGUUGUCACGAUGAUCAGAGUGACACGGAACAUGCCGAAGAAGCUCACUGAUGCCUCUCUCCUUUCCAACUCCUUGCGCUAUGAUGACAACACAAUGAUGAAAGGCCAAGAACAUCCACGAAAGUUACCAGCACCUGCCAUCUCCAGUGCAGAGUUCUUGUCUGUCAUGAGACGCAUGUCUGAAUUGGAAGAGAAAGUGACAGUUCUUAGCAUGACACCUGCAGCCAUCCCUGCUGAGAAAGAGGAAAUGCUGAAUGCUGCCAUAAGCAAGGUCGACACCUUGGAGCAGGAGCUUAUGGCAACCAAGAAGUCUCUGGAGGAUGCCCUGGUCCGACAAGAAGAGCUCCUAGCUUACAUCGAGAAGAAGAAGAAGAAGAAGUUGAUUGAAUUGCAGUUUAGCUGGUAAAGACAGAAAUGCCUGACGCCGAUGGAUGCUCUUGGAGCUGGUGGGUUGUAGAUGUUUUGUUCUCCAAAGCCACUCAAAUGCAUUCUUAUUACUUGAUGUAUAAUUUACAAAAUAAUCAGCCCAAAGUUUUUGCUCCAAUUCAAAUUCUUCCACACUCGUAUAUUUAUAACUUAAAUAAAACUCGGCGGCUCUCAUCAGUAUACAUGAAAUGCUAUCAAUCAAUCAACUUCCAUUGCCCUGAUA